GUGUCAAACACUGUCCAUUUCUAGGUCCAAGAAACAUAGCAUACCAUGGCCAACGCUAACCCGAGGUCCGUCGAUCCGUUGGUGGUCGGAAAAGUGAUCGGCGACGUGCUCGACAUGUUCGUUCCCGUCGUAGAGUUCACCGUCGACUAUGGGUCCAAAAAGAUUGCCAAUGGCGUUGAGAUCACUCCUUCCUCAGCUGCCCAGAAGCCUUCAGUUCACAUCAAUGGUUCCCCUGCUUCUCCCAAUCUUUAUACUCUUAUUAUGGUGGAUCCUGAUGCUCCUAGUCCCAGUGAACCAACUUUCAGAGAGUGGCUUCAUUGGGUCGUUACGGAUAUUCCAGAGGGAUCAGAUGCCUCUAAAGGGAGAGAGGUGGCGGAAUACAUAGGGCCGUCGCCGCCGACCGGAAUACAUCGGUACGUAUUCGCGCUAUUCCGGCAAAGGGAGGCCAUGCAGGUCGCGCAGAAGCCGCCGGAGAGUCGAGGAAACUUCAGGACUCGGCAGUUCGCCGCCGCCAAUGGGCUCGGCCUUCCGGUGGCCGCACUGUACUUCAACUCCCAAAAACAAUCGGCUACCAACAAGAAGCGCUGAUCAUAUCAUAUAUAUCCUCUCACUUUAUAUGUAUCGUGCAUGUAAAUGUAGACAUAAGACAUGUAGUGUGUUUAAUCUUGAAUUUUGUCAUAUCAUUAAUUUUUGUC